GCACCGCGCGCGCGCUCUCUGUUGUCGUGCCGCCGCCUUUCAGUGGUGCGGUUGUUCGUGGCGCUCUUUCGGGUCCGCAGCGCCUCCGUUCUUUCUCCCUUCCUCUGCCGGGCCCGGCGCUGCUUCCCGCCCGCAUCCCCCCUCCCCCUUCGCGGUCGGCGCGUUCACGCCAGUCCCCGGCUUCGCUCGAGGCCUACGUCCCCUUCCGCCUCCUCCGUCGGCCGGUGACAUGGCGCGGCCGUCUGUGCCCAGCUCGCAGAAGGCCCUGCUGCUGGAGCUGAAGGGGCUUCAGGAGGAGCCCGUGGAGGGGUUCCGAGUCAGCCUGGUGGACGAGGGGGACCUCUACAACUGGGAGGUGGCCAUCUUCGGGCCCCCCAACACGCAUUACGAAGGUGGCUAUUUCAAGGCUCGGCUCAGAUUCCCCAUUGAUUACCCGUAUUCGCCACCUGCCUUCAGAUUCCUGACCAAAAUGUGGCAUCCCAACAUAUAUGAGACAGGAGAUGUUUGCAUUUCAAUUCUACAUCCUCCAGUGGAUGACCCACAGAGUGGAGAGCUACCUUCAGAAAGGUGGAACCCUACUCAGAAUGUAAGAACAAUUCUUCUUAGCGUGAUCUCACUCCUCAAUGAACCAAACACAUUCUCUCCUGCAAACGUUGAUGCUUCGGUGAUGUACAGAAAGUGGAAAGAAAGCAAAGGGAAGGAUCAGGAAUACACAGACAUCAUCAGGAAACAGGUCCUGGGAACCAAGGUGGAUGCCGAAAGGGACGGAGUCAAAGUCCCUACGACGCUAGCGGAGUAUUGCGUCAAGACCAAGACACCCGCUCCGGAUGAAGGCUCUGACCUCUUCUACGACGACUACUACGAAGACGACGAGAUGGACGACGAAGUGGAAAGCUGCUACGGCGACGAGGAUGACUCCGGGAACGAGGAGUCUUGACGAGAGAUGCCCUGCCCUGCCCCCUCCUCCCUUUCCUCACCCCCCCAGCCCCCUCCCUCCACCGCUGCCUCCUGCUGCUGCGCCUGAUAGUAGCAAUAAACUACCUGACUCAUACUUGAACCCCGGAUGCAACCGGCUGAGACAUGGAACCCCGUUUGGCCCCGAGACAAAAAGAAACCAAAAACUCUACCUCAGAAGGGAGACUCGGCUUCUGCUUGACUGGGGGAGGGGGUGGGGAAUCUCCGAUUUGGCUUCAAGGGCUGGGUGUUUGGGCUUCAUUUUUUUUUUAAUUUUUGUUUUGUUGGAGGGAGGGGGUGGAUGGAAGCGACUCCUGAUCCAUCCGGAGCUGUUACUCCUGCAGUCUGGCGGGUAGCUCUGUGUCCUUUAAGACCAGCGCCAACGAGGUGGCUGGUUCCUUCAGGAGGCAGGAACUGGGUGCGAGGUUUGGGAUGGCUUUCAUGAUGUUGGUUUUCUGUUUUCCUUAAAAAAAAAUUAGGCCAAGGGAUUUGGGGAUAAUUUCUAGCCAGGGUUUCCUAGCUGUACCAGACGGGUAGGGGGGAGGCCCUGGGGACAGCCUUGGGCAGACUGUGAUUCUGCCGCAAAGGCAGGUGUUGUGUAGUGGGUAUUUCCCUCUUGCUCACUCUGGAGACAGGGCUGCAAAGUCUCCUGAUGUUUGUUCCAUGGGAGAAGAGGACUCCCUUCCUUAGUUCCAGCCCCACCUCGCUCCGGAGCAUAGGUGUGUCGGCUCAGGUACCCCGCCAACCUUCCGCUUGACCAAGGUCGCCUCAAUUGUAGAUGAUCGACUUUCUUUUCCUUUCCUUUGCUUGACUUUCAGCUUCCUUUUUGGGAGCCCCCAACCUCUUGGCCAGCAAACGAACAGGGAGCAGGGCACUGCUCUGGGAUUCCUGGAGCUUUCCAGUGACAGGGAGUGAAUGAGGGGGUUGGCUGUCAGUUGCACAGUGUUGCGCAUUCUCACUCUACCCUUGAGGAUACAGCUAAAAUAGUUCUCAAAUCACCAGCCACGAGCCAUGCGCCUCAACCCCUAGAGAGCUCAUUGCUGGAUGGCACAGGCACUGGAGUGGACAGAAGGCAGUGGUACAGGAUGCGCUCCAGCUUCUUCACCAGCUUCACUAGAUAAUAUCUCCUCCUGAAGCCUCAGUCCCUCCCCUCCUUUUCUAGAGACCUCAGGCAAAAGCCAUGGAGCUCCUUAGCAGGCCACAGCUCUGAGCAGGCCCACACCUACAACCAAGUAUCCACAUUUGGGUCCCUCCUGCCAGGCAACCAGGACAAACUAUGAGGGGAGGCAUGGAAGGCGAAGUGGUCUUGGUCCCUCCUCCUCCUCCUCCUCCUCCUCCUCCUCCUCCUCCUCCGGGGAUUCCUCUUCUGAACCCCGUUGUAGAGAGCAAAGACUAGGCCACUUUCACAGGUGGAAAAGACAAGAUGCUGAUGGAAGAGAGAUGCUCUGUCCAACUUGGAUGUCUGUCCUUGAAUCCAGAGAGGGAAGAUGAAGAGUAGAUUAACAAGACCAGUAGCCGAUCCUUGGAUCCAUCAGAUGCUCCAAAAAGCAGAUGUUCCACAACUGCUCAGGAAAAUCUGCAGGACCCUAGCUCUGAAAGACCCAAGACUCCCUGAUAGACCUACUGGUGGCAGAGGUUUAUACUGUAGCUGAAAACAGCCCACUCACCCACCCACUUUUGACGCUGAGCUGGCUGCAUCCUGCCCACCAAACUUCAUGCCUUCCAUCAGCAAGCUCUAGACCUGUUCAACUCCUCUCUAGUGGGCAGAGAUCCUGCAGAGCGGAGCACAUGGCCCUAGCCGUAAUCACAAAGGCCACCUCAGUAUCUACCAGGACUGCCAUCUGGACAAAAGAACUGGCUCACCUCAUCCCUCCAGAGUAUAGGGAACUCAGAUGGGAUGAACAAGCUAGAUGAGACCACCAUCAUAGCUGCUGGUCUGAAUGCCCAAAUCUCAGCCAGAGGACUGGUAGAUAGCAUAGCCCUAAUAGGCAACUAUGGCUGAAGAUCUGAAGAAUUGGAACUUUGCCCUUUGACCUGUUUGAGGAAAACAAGCCAUUCCAGAGCCUUCAGGAAUGGGAGGCAUACAAGUAAAGUAAAUCAGUAACAAGUAUAUGAAGGCAAGGCCAGCAAAACAAACAACGCUUCCCAUUCCUUUCGUUGCUACCUCACUCAGAACAGAAUCUUGGACUGCAAGUCACAGACUCCUCUGGGAGAGAACCAAGGCCCCAAAACAAGCCACAUCAACCCUCACCCAGUUGGAAUUCUUCCCAGGAGAAGGAAGGAGCAAUGACUGUCUCAGCCUCUCUGUGGAUGGGAGGACCUGUGGAUUCAACAUCAGAUUCAUGGUACCUAAAGACAGUCUUGCAUAGUUCCACCAUCAAAUUUUUCUGGCCCCAGAAGGCUGCUUCACCUCUUUCUCCAAGUCACACAAAGUGGCUAAAUGCUGGCUAGUCCUGAGGGCCAUAAAUCACCUUCAAAGCAUCAAAGUCCCAUGUGGCAACUGAUUAUCUGGUUCCUGCUCCAUAUUCAUCCUCAAGAAGAAAAAGGAACGGCAUGUCAUCCUGGACCUCGAGGGAGUGAACAGCUAGAACAAAUACUCUUAAGUUCUGGGUGGAAUGAGAUCCUUUGCAGAGACACCAGGAAAAAGAAACACCUUGGCUUAUAGGAGCCUUAUCUACACACUCUAAUCCAGCCGUCGCACAAGAAUUUGCUUGGGUCCAAGAGCCAAGAUGGCUGUUGCCAAUUCAAGGCCCUCACACUUAGUCUUACCCAUGUGUUGGUGACUGUUGUAGUCGUCAGAUUGCAGGGGAUAUGUGUGUACUCCAAUCUAUAUGAUCUGGUUAUUUAAUCAUCUUGAGGCACAUUUGGUGUAUUGCACCAGGGAGUGAUUUUCCCUUUCUUUUGUGCCAGUCCCAAGAACAGGGACUGACUCAGUGUGAUAUUAGGUGAACUAUCAAAAUGUACCUGAGCAGGAAUUCGGUAUUUUGGACAGUUUCCUAGUUUCCUAUCAGCAGCCACAACUGAGCCACAAAGCCUUCCUGAUCAUGAUCUUCAGGGGGAUCAAGCUAGUCUACAAGACUCAAGAGUAGUAGGUUCUUCAAUAGCCCACAAGAGAUUGUAGGCUGUUCUAGGAAUGCAGCCACCUCAGUUGCCCUCAACACUAAUGUCCCCCAAGGAAAAUCUGUAGGGCUCCCAUGCGGUAACGCCGUGACUUACAGAAGUAGCUGUUGCACCUUGCUUGAAGUCUCUCAGCAGGAAGUCACUGCAGAAAAUAGUGCCCAGCAAGAGGUAGGACAUCCUAGGAAAUAGGAUCCCACCUCUGCUGUGUUCUAUUAUUCAGUGCCAUGGCUCCAUUGUGAGAAAAUCUCACACCAGACUUAGCCAUGAAGGUUCUUUCUACAGUGGAAAAAAAAAGGGGGGGGGACUUGCCAGCACCAGCAAGUUGUACGGAAUCUAAUAUCUCUCUUCUGUAUUCCUACUUUUUCAAGUUUUAUUUCUUUGAGCAUUCUUCUGGCUUGUCCCUCCCAUAGGACUUGAUGUCCAUUUUUUCGAGCCUUGUCUCUUGGGCGAACAGGAGGGAAAUGCCCAUUUCAAAAUGUCCUAUCUCUGCAGUAGAAAAAGGACCUUCCUCUAAAUCCAACGUACUGUUCUCCUUUUCACAAGCAAAUAAUUGGGGAAUCUUUUUUAUUUAUUUAUUUUUACUGGUCACCCACUGAGCACUGAAAGCAAAUCCACUCUGCUUGCCUUUGACUUCGCUUUCCUGUUUUGCGAGAUUAUGCCCCUUUUUGGGGCGUGGAUUUUGCUAGAGUUUGCACCUCGGGGGCUAAUAGGAAGCAAUGGGAGUUGAUGGGCAGAAAUUGACUGUUUUGUAGAAUUGGUGGGGAAAUGGGAGGGGGGAAAUGGGUUGGCAGGGGGUGGGAUAUAUAUAUUUUGCUU